AUGGCGGCUUCGUUCUCACUCACGAGCUUCAUCUCCUUCAUCUCUCCAUUCAAAUCUCAGACGAAAGCUACUCCGCCUCCCAAUCUCACUCUCCCUUCUCCGACGGUUUCUCACAGGCGGAGGAAUGAUCUCGCAAUCGAAUCAAUGGCGGUCGAGGAGCCUUCUUCUACAGCCUCACUUUCCUCUGAGCUCGCCUCUGUGAUAUGCCCUUCGCUUGCUUACUCGAAUACGCUCUUCUUCAGCUCGGGCUACAACGUGCAGGUGUUUGUCGAAGAUAACGAGUCUGAGGAAAGGCUGGUGAAUCGGUUUAGGAGGGAAGUGAUGAGAACAGGAGUUAUCCAGGAAUGCAAGCGAAGGAGGUACUUCGAGAACAAACAGGACGAGAAGAAGCGGAGGACUCGCGAUGCAGCCAAGCGUAAUAAGAAAAGGUUUCGCUUUUAUCCCUUUUAA